GUGUGUGAACAAAGUGAGAAGCACCGCACCGCUUGCGUGGCAAAAUGGUUGCGAUAAACGGAGCCCGGUCAAAAUAUAGGUAACCUUCCUUGGAGCUUAAAUUUCUCGCAGUCUUUCUAUAUUUGGGACUCCUUCUUCUGCUCGCCAUGACAAUAGGACCAGCGUUACCACCUCAUCUGGCUCAUCUAGCACAACAACAACGGUCAGCAUCGCCGGAGGGCUCAGCUGAGACUGGACCAUCGUUACCGAGAUCUACUACCCCAGUGGACGAGGACGCAGGAGAUGACUUUGGGCCUGCUUUACCUCCUCAUCUUGCUGCUAAACGAAAAGCGCAAGCGGUAGCUGUCUCUGGGCCAUCGAGACCUGGUCCUUCAAUCAGCGUAGGACCUUCAAGACCUAUCUAUGACGAUGAUAGCGAUGAUGAUGUGGUUGGACCUAUGCCAACGGGAGACGUGGGUGUAGAAAAGUCUGCGGUUCAAGAGUUCAUGGAGAGGGAAGAACGUAGAGCGAAAGAGCGAGAAGAAGCUGCCAAGCCUCAGAAAUUAGAGAGACAAGAAUGGAUGCUCUUGCCGCCGUCCUCUGGUGUCUUGUCCGCUGUAGAUCCAUUACGAAAAAGACCGACCACAUUUUCCCGCUCGACAGAGGCAAAGGAGACCGAUAGUACCGCUUGGACAGAGACGCCAGCGGAUCGAGCUCAGCGAGUCGCAGAUGAAGUUGCUGGCAUCAAACGGAAGCGAUUGCCAGAUGUAGGAAAGGGGCGAGACGAUGAGGAGACGGGCUUGAGGCGGGAGAGGGAUUUGGAGAUACGUAGAGAGGUGGAGAGGCAUAACAAAGAGCAACGUGGGAAGUCUUUGCUGGAUCAACAUGCGUCCAAGCCGAAAGAGGAGGCUGAGAAGUCUGCCAUCUGGGAUCACGAUCGAGAUAUGGGAAUUACCGGCAGGCUCCUGUCGGAUCAAGAGAGACAGAAUAAGAUCCGCGAGGCGCGUGGACUCAACGACCGAUUUGGACACUCUAAACGAGGUGCUUAUGACAUGUGACGAUAUGAU